AGUGUAUUGUCUGUGCUAUCGCAUUCAACCGGUGGUUUUUUUUUAUGACUAGCCAUGCUCUAUUACGCGAACCUGAAUGUGACUCACAGACGGAAAGUCAAAAUCUCUUAAAGAUUGACAAACAAAUGCAGGACCGUCACAAACAUAACUGGUCGGAAGCUCGCCGACUUAAAGACAUUCUACCUACUCGACAAUGAUACCACCAAAAGCUCUAACAAUUGCUGGCAGUGACAGUGGCGGUGGCGCCGGGAUUCAAGCCGAUCUCAAAACCAUGACCUCGCUCCAUGUAUAUGGCUCUUCGGUUCUCACCUCCAUUACGUCUCAAAACACACUUGGCGUUGACGGAAUACAUAUUAUGCCGAAGGAAUUUGUGGCAAAGCAGCUCCACGCAGUUCUGAGUGAUAUAGGAGCCGACGCAAUCAAAACCGGCAUGAUGGCUAGCGCAGAAAUUGUGGAAACAAUUGUAGAGGUGCUUAGCCACUAUCCAGAGGCCGCUAAAUACGUUGUAGUGGACCCUGUGAUGAUUUCAACAUCUGGCUCCGAGCUAUUACCACCAUUGGCUGUAGAUGUCAUUAUUAGAAAAUUGUUGCCUAUCACCUAUAUACUGACUCCAAAUGUUCCAGAAGCGGAGCAUCUCCUUGGCAAACCUCAAGGGAGCAUUAAAAAUCUACAAGACGUGUAUGAGGCGGCAAAAUCCAUCGCUGCCUUUGGACCCUCUUUUGUUCUUUUGAAGGGUGGCCAUCUUCCGCAAGUACGACAAGGCAAAACCUUGAUGGUUGACGUUUUAUACGACGCAGCUGCAGACAGCUACCACGAAGUAGUGAACCCAUUUGUUGAUACAAAGAAUACACAUGGAACAGGAUGUACGUUAUCGGCUGCUAUUGCUUCUGGCAUUGCAAAGAAAAUGGAUGCCAAGGAAGCCGUUGAGAACGCCAUUGCAUAUGUUGCUGCAGCUUUGGAAAACUCAAUUGGUGAUGUUGGUUCGGGUGCCGGCCCGCUCAACCACUUCCACAACGUCAUGGCCAAACCUUAUGCCGGGAACAGUGUUGUCAAAGCUCUCAUUGCCUCACUCCCUCAGAACAUGUGGUCGAACUUCAUCGAUCAUAAGUUUGUGCGUGGUAUAGCGGAUGGAACUUUAAAGCGGGAAUCGUUUGAGCACUUUAUUAAGCAGGAUUACCUUUAUCUUCAAAACUACGCUAGAGCGGCUGCACUAGCAGCAUACAAAACCAGGGAUAUCGACAUGACGGCUCACUAUGCGAAAAUCAUACUUCAUAUUCACCAUGAAAUGCAGCUGCAUUUGCAGUACUGUGAGACUUGGGGAAUUAGCAAACAGGACAUCCUGGAUACCCCUGAGAGCGUCUAUAAUGUUGCGUACACUAGAUUUGUCCUUGAUCAAGGUGCCACCGGGGAUGCAAUGGAUUUACAAGUUGCAAUGGCUCCAUGCUCACUAGGAUAUGGUGAAAUAGGGCGAAAGCUGUAUGACGAUCCAAACACAAAACGAGAGGGAAAUCCCUAUUGGCAGUGGAUUGUAAAUUAUGCAGAAGACGAUUUCCAAGCAUCUGUGGAUGAGAACAAACUGUUGUUGGAGAAACUUGCUUUACAUCAUAUAUCUACCUCAGCUACUAGGUGGCAGGAAGUGUGCGAGGUAUUCAAACAAGCAACCAUGCUGGAAAUCCAGUUUUGGGAAAUGGGUUGGAACUGUUCUUAAAAGGGUUUGGCAGCAAAAUGCAAUGGCCUCCUCUUUCCCCUCCCUUUCGUACCACCUUUAGACAUUGCAGUUACCAGUUAUCGUCAAAAUUAAAGAGCAUUUCACACAAUAAAAAAAAAAAAAGGCAAGUUUU